UUCACUGACGGAGAGUUUGUUAAGAAAUGUAUGGAUGCUGUCGCGGAGGAGGUGUGUCCCGAGAAGAAAGAUGCAUUUAAUGCCGUAAGUCUGUCGGCGAGUACAAUCACCAGACGCGUUGAAGAAAUCGGGAGUAAUGUAUAUGCCCAGCUGCAGCAGAAGACGAAAGAAUUUGACUUUUUUUCAUUAGCACUGGAUGAGAGCACGGACGUGCAAGACACAGCGCAACUGCUCAUUUUUAUUCGUGGAGUUAGCGCAAACUUUGAGAUAUGAGAGGAGCUGGCAGCCCUCCAAAGUCUCAAAGGGACUACAACGGGAGAGGAUAUUUUUGACAAAGUGUGCCAAACCAUGGAGAAGUUGGACCUGGACUGGUCAAAGCUAGCUAGCAUCACGACUGACGGGGCUCCUAGCAUGGUGGGCGAAACUCGCGGUCUAAUAGGACGCAUGAACCGGGAGUUGGAAAAAAGGGGUCUCACCGCCCCGCUACGAGUCCACUGCCUAAUUCACCAGCAAGCACUGUGCUGCAAAGUGUUGACGUGGGAUUCUGUAAUGAAGGUUGUGGUGUCGUGCAUAAACUUCAUCAGAGCAAAGGGACUUAAACACAGGCAGUUCCAAGAAUUCCUGUCUGAACUGGAGUCUACGCACGGAGAUGUGCUGUACUACACAGAGGUCCGAUGGCUGAGCCGGGGCAGAGUUUUGAGGCGUUUUUACGAGCUGCUACCCGAAAUUAACGCAUUUCUUCAUUUAAAAGACAAAACGGUCCCAGAGCUGAUCGACCCAGAAUGGAAAUGGCACCUCGCAUUUUUAACAGACGUGACAGAAAUACUUAACAGCCUUAACUUGCAGCUACAAGGCGAGGGGAAACUCAUUUGCGACAUGUAUUCACACAUAAAAGCAUUUGAGGUGAAAUUAGCGCUGCUUUUGGAACAAGUGAAAAAGCGCAACUUCGUCCAUCUUCCUGCUACCCAAAACCUGUCGACAGAGAACCCAGCGGUCCCGUUCCCAGCUGAAAAGUGCGUGGAAGCACUGGAAAUGCUGAAGGCGGAGUUCGGUGUGCGAUUCAGUGAACUACAUGUUCAUGCAAAAGAAAUCCGUCUUUUUCAGAACCCCUUUGUUGCCGACAUUGAUGAAGCCCAGCCUUCAUAUCAGUUUGAGUUGGCUGAGUUACAGAACUGUGAUGUUCUGAAAGACGCAUUCAAGCCCAACAGUCUCAUUGACUUCUAUGCCGCCCUCCCAAACGACACAUAUCCAAACAUAAAAAAACACGCAAUGAAAAUGUCCACAGUUUUUGGCAGCACGUAUAUCUGCGAGAAAACCUUUUCUCGCAUGAAACUGCUGAAAACUCCGAUGAGAUCAAGAUUGACAGAUGAACAUUUGCAUCAGUGCUUGAGACUGGCUGUAACUAGAAUGGAACCUGAUAUUCAACUUCUCACCAGCCAGAUGCAGGCCCACAGUUCACACUGAUGAACAUACAUAGGGAAGUUGAUGAGAGAGAGCUGCAAACAGCGGUGUCUACAAGCC